AUGAGUUUUAGAACGGUUUAUAAGAUACUUGGGGCGAUAGAAAAAAAAGAGGGUUUAGGAGUCAAAAUUCGUCGCUCAAUUGGAAACUUGCCCUUGAAAAAGUUCAAUCCAUUUUUAUUGUUCGAUCACUUUGAAGCAAGCGAAGGAUCGGGUUUCGAACCUCAUCCUCAUCUAGGACAUGAGACAAUAACAUUAGUGCUAAAUGGUGCUAUCGCUCAUGAAGACUUUACGGGUUCAAAGGGUGUAAUAUAUCCAGGUGAUUUGCAAUUUAUGACUGCAGGAAGAGGAAUUGUUCAUACAGAAAUGCCUGUGAAAACGUCUGAUAAGUCACUUACUUCAGGUAUUCAAGUAUGGGUUGACUUGUCUGAACGUUUGAAAGAAUCCAAACCUCGUUACCGUGACUUGAGAAGUAAUGAAAUUCCAGAAACUCAAGAACAAAAUGGAAAAUUACACAUUAAAAUCAUUUCUGGGAGCUAUGCCGGUAUUGGAUCUUUGAAGGACUUGGCGUAUACUCCUAUUCAUUAUUAUCAUGUUACUAUGAAACCAGGUGCAAGUUUUAAGCAAAAACUACCGAAGAAUUUUAAUUUCUUCUUAUAUAUAAUCAGAGGGAAUAAUUUAGUUAUCAACAAUGAAUACCGGGUCAAGGAAUACGAUACAUGCUUGUUCAAUAGAGAUGGUGACGAGAUCAGUUGUAAGAAUGUUUCUGGCGGUAACCAAAACGAAAAUGAAAGUAGCGAGUUUGUUUUGAUAGGUGGUAAAAUACUAGACCAGAAGAUAAAUAGGUAUGGUACAUUUGUCGCAACCUCCCAAUCAAGAGUAAGACAAGGGUUGGAAGAUUAUUCACAUACUCGUAAUGGCUUUGAAAAUUUGAAAACUUGGAAAAGUUCAAUUGGUAAUAAUACAUCAACAAAUAAAGCAAAGGAAAGCUAA